UUUGUUCAGAUUUUCAAUAUAUAUUUGCUUUUUAUGAAAAUUUUGACUAGUCAUCUUUUUUUAUUUUUCAAUAUUAAAAUAAUAUUUUUGGGUCAUAAGAUUUUAAACUUUAAAAAUAUUUUUGUGGCAACACUCACUAUUUAUCGACAAAUAUGUAGUUUAAAAAAAUUAGGAUGUGACUAUCUAUUUUCAAGAAAGUUGACUGUUUUUUUUAAAUUUUUCUUUUCCAAUCGGCGUUAUAGGAAGAACAGAAUUUAAUUAUAUGUAAUUUCAACUAGUGUUCGACAAAUGGAUUUUUCCAAUGCCAAUACCAGUAGUACCGAAAAGGACUGGUAUUGAAUGAGUACAGAAAAGUCCAAAAUUUCAUUAGUACCGUACCCUCUUAUAAAUAUUUACAAAUCAAUUUUUUUGUGUUAUGUUACAGCCCCAAGGAUAUAAACUUUACUAACGAGUUCUAGUAUAAAAUUAAAAUUACUAAAAGUUACUCAUCAAAUCUAGACAAAUGAGGGAGGGUAAAAAUCGUAAACAGCUUUGAUAGUAAAUAUUUUUCAUUAAAGAUUUAUUUAUAAAUUUUCUAGCUUUACCCCCUCUCUUUCUUCCUCUUAUUGUCACCCAAUGUUUAAAAAAUAUUUUUUUUUGAUAUUUCUCGAACUCGACGACAAAGUCUAUUUUCUAUGUACAAUUUUAUUAUUUUCUCAACUGGCUCUCCUUUUUCCCGAAAAAUCAAUCAUUUUGGCCCUUUUUAAUGCUUUUUGGCUGAGCACUAUAGUAGAAUAUAUUUAUUUUUAUGUA